UUUUCUUCUUCUUCUCCGCUGUUCCCCUGUUUUCCACUUGUCCUUCUCUUCUUUCGUUUUGUCCGCCGCCGCCAACCUCGUGUUCACCAGCUCCACCUCCGCCUCGAUAGCACCGCGCGCCGCCUGAAGCUCGCCGCAGUUGCUGCUCGUCUCCUCGCGCGACACGAGCUGCGAGCACCGCCGCCCCAGCUCACUUUUCUCCUUCCCUCUCUCCACUUUACCCACAGCCCACGGCCGUGCCUGCCUCCCUACUGCGCGCCUCCACCUCAGCUCGUCCGCCACCAGAUCGUGCGACCAUCACCAGCUCUCGGCCAGGUCGCACGCCACCAGCGCGCGAGCUCGCGCUCUACCAGCCGCGCACGCCGCCGCCCCUGUUCUCCCUUCGCGACGCCACCAGCAGCCGCGGAGCUACCCGCCGUUCCCCUCACUCUCCCUUUCGAGCUCGCGCUCUACCAGCCGCCGCUGCUCACGCCACCCACAGUCACGCCCUUCCCACCUGUCAAAAUUGACAGGUGGAGGUAUUGAAUCUUCAACCUCGAUUAGUAUUUUUCUGGUUCUUCUAUUGCUGGAAUUUGAGUUUUUGUGUUUGGGUUUCUUGAUGGAUAAAAGAAGGUGUUGAUUUGGGCAUUUUCUAGGGUAAAUUUUGGACAGAUUUGAGUUUAAUUGCUGCCAUAUGUGGGGAUAUUUUCUGAUAUUUAUUGAAUUGUUGGCCGUUUGAUUUAAUUCCUCCCUGUGUAUACACCAGUGGUACUGGUUGUGGUGUUACUUUACAAUUCUUAAAUUUUCUCAAAUUCUAAUCGGUGGUUGCUGGAAUUGCCUGUUUGCUGGGAUUCUUAAAAUUCUUAAGGUUUGGUCGCUUGAAGUGGGUAAUUGAAUGUCCAAUUGGUGACAUUUGUUGAGUUUCACUUGCUCCAAUUGGUUGAAUUCUUUGCUCUGUUGGGGUCCCUGUUGGUAUCACUUGAGUUCUGCUUUGUUAGUUUCUGUAUCGUGCCCCUUGAUCUUAUUUUGACUGAAUUGGAGACCCAGUGCAUAUUCAUUCAAUUUGCUAUGUUGCUAGGGUACUUUUCUAGCCUUUGGGGUGCCUCGGUUGUGCAUUUUAUUAAAUUGGGUUGGCCAUGUGGUUCCCUUCUUUCCUGUGCAUGCACCAGUGGUACCGGUUGUGCUAAUUUGCUUGCCAUUUCUUAUAUCGAUAUGAUUGAGCAUCUGUGACUGAGUACCCUUCGAUCUUGCUGCUUUGUUGGGAUCGUUUGUGGUGUCAAUUGAGUAUCAUUUGGUACUUUCUGCCUGGAGUCUAUUGAGCUGCCUUUGGUUGGGGUUUAUUGCAUUUAAUUGGUGCAUUGGACGGCUCUUGUGCCAUUUCCGUUGCUUAUUGCAGUAGGUUGCCUCUAUUUGCCUUGUGUGGGAGUAUUUUGUCCUUUUCAGUUCAAUUGCUAAGCUCAUUGGAGCACUUGCAGUGAUUUUGAGUUGCAUUAUUUCUGCAUUAAUCUUAAAUUGUUCAAUUCCUACGUCCAUUGGCGAGUUAAAGAACUUUCAUGGAAUUGGAGUCUUAAGUGUUUGACGAUCGAUGUAAUUUCACUUUGACGAUCGAUGUAAUUUCAUCAGCUGAAUGCUCAGGAAGUAACACGGAUAUGAAUUAAUAGAAAUUAUUAUGAUCUACUGGAUACUAUAUAACCUGUAUCCCAAGAUUCCCCACUUUCCUUUCUGCAAAAUCUAUAGAUAUUUGGGAGAAUGAAUCUUCUUCCUCUUCGCAACUGCAGCAACUUAAUCUAUCCAAUCACCAGUCUUUCUUCUCUUUACCUUCCAUUCUUUGCCUCCUAUAGUACAAAAGAGUUUCAUACACAACAAGAGCUAGAGAAACAAGCUGAAGAACAGCAGAGAGAAGACGGGCAACAACUGAAGCAAGAAGCUUCACUUGUGUCCCCAGCCAGAAUUCAGAAGCUAAUAGCUUCCCAGUCAGACCCUCUUCUUGCUAAAGAAAUCUUCGACUUAGCUUCUCGUCAGCCCAAUUUUCAUCACUCGUACGCGGCAUGGCAUGUCCUCAUCCUCAAACUCGGCCGCUCUGGCCACUUCUCUCUCAUGCAGUCCCUUCUCUCCUCCUUCAAAUCUCAGAAUUAUUCCAUUUCUCCUUCUCUCUUCUCCCAAAUUAUCAAAAUUUAUGGUGAUGCUGGGCUGCCUGACGAAGCCCUGAAAGCAUUUUACUUGAUUCUCAAGUUUAAUAUCAAGCCUCUUCCCAAACACCUCAAUCGCAUUCUUGAAAUUCUUGUCACUCGCCGUAACUUCCUCAGCCCUGCUUUGGACCUGUUUAAAUCUGCUCAGAGAUACGGGGUCUCUCCAGAUACCAAGUCUUACAACAUUUUGAUGCGUGCUUUUUGCCUGAAUGAUGACUUGAGUGUUGCAUAUUCCCUGUUCAAUCAAAUGUCCAAAAGAGAUGUUGUUCCUGAUGUAGAGUCAUAUAGGAUUUUGAUUCAGGGGUUCUGUAGGAAGAGUCAGGUUAAUAAGGCUGUUGAAUUAUUGGAAGAUAUGUUGAACAAAGGAUUUGUUCCUGAUGCUCUAAGCUAUUCUACUCUUUUGAAUAGUUUGUGCAGGAAACAGAUGCUCAAGGAGGCUUAUAAGCUUCUAUGCAGAAUGAAAAUUAAGGGAUGCGAUCCUGAUCUUGUUCAUUACAAUACUAUUGUUUUGGGGUUUUGUAGGGAAGGCCGUGCUUUUGAUGCUUGUAAGGUUCUUGAAGAUAUGCGAUCCAAUGGGUGCUUACCAAAUUGGGUGUCUUACCGAACAUUAGUUGGGGGGUUAUGCAGUCAGGGCUUGUAUGAUGAGGCCAAAUCAUAUAUGGGGGAGAUGUUUUUGCAGGGAUUUUCUCCACAUUACUCAAUAGUACAUUUGUUAGUUAAGGGAUUUUGUAAUAUAGGCAAGUUUGAGGAAGCUUGUGCAGUUUUGGAGGAGGUAUUGAGGCAUGGGGUAGCUCCACAUAUAGACACUUGGAUGGAAAUGUUACCUAGAAUUGCUGAGGUGGAUGACCCUCAAAGUAUGGGCAAUACCUUGAAUCAAGUUUUGAAGAUGGAGAUAAAACCUGACACAAGACUUGUCGAUGCUGGUGCUGCUCUGGGUGAAUACCUGGUUAAGAAAAUAGGACAUCGAUCAACCAAGAUAUGAUCUUCUUCUUCAGAAUCAAUGGAUUGAUCAAAAUGUGUCAACUGAACAUGAGGAAAGCUGCAGUUUUUCGUCACGGAUGAGUACCUAUUACAACUCAGCGCUGUCAUUUUGUUAUCUGAGUGUACCAUGAUAACUACAAUUUGUGGUUGGUGGGCUAUUGCUUUUUCCCAAUGUGCCCAUUAUGAUCUAAUGGAGGGUGGUAUUUCCACGACCAGAAGCCUAGGAGCCUCAGUGCUGCAAUUGCCGUUGACAGACAUGCUAGUACAUCAUCAGUUGUUGCGAUUGCAGGAUUUCGCAGAUAUUGGAAGAGAUUAAGCAACUGCCUCUGGAAUUGUUGUUCAAGGAAUGUGAUGCUUCAUUACCAGCAAAGCCUAAUAGCACAACUGCUUACGUCUGUUAUAGGGAGCGAUAGCAGCUGCUACAUGGGAAUGCUUCUUUCCAAAUAGCCUGCUAUGAGCUUAGUUCUGUCAAAUAAAUUCAACGUAUCUUGAGUGCAUGGCCAUUUUCAUGACCUGCAUGGAAUCUAUUUUGGUGUCCAACAAAGAAGAGGACUAAGAACUAUGGGUGGUCAAAACCCAGGAAAAAGGAAGCAGAGCAAAGGUCGGAAGGGCGCACUACUUGAUGAACACUUUUUGGCUUCCCAUCUUGCAUUUUUCCUUCGAGAUUAAUUUUGAUUUGCCUUUUGUUUCCUUUUUAAGACGAUACGGACCCUUAUCAUGAGGACACCAAGACUAUAAUAUGAUCUUGGUAAUUUUACUUCAGAACUACUUUCCUUCACCUAGAAUUUAUAUGGAUGAUUUAGCUUUGCCAAUAUCAGAUAGUAGGUCAAUUUUAAUC